AUGGAUCUCUGGAAGUCUGUCACCCAAUUGGUGGAGGGAGGGUUGAAACUUCCCUUCCACGAGCAUAACACAUUCCCUUCUCUCUGGACCAUUGCUGGAAUUUCGGCUGCCACAUACAUUGCCUACGGGAUCAGCGUGAUCAUCUACCGGCUCACACUCCACCCGCUCGCCCAAUUCCCCGGCCCGUUUCUCUGUCGCAUCAGUUAUCUUCAGCAAUGCUACUAUGAGGCGAUUUUAAAUGGCAAAUUCUUAGAGAGGCUCCCUGAGUAUCAUCGCAAAUAUGGACCCGUCGUUCGAAUCAGCCCUAAUGAGGUACAUAUCAACGAUCCGUCGCUUUACCACGAAAUCUACAAAAGCAACUCGCCCUUCACCAAAGACCCCACCUCGUACGCCCUAGGGGUAUCCGAGGCCAUGGCCUUUACCGUCCCCGUAGAAAAGCACCGACAGAAGCGCAAAACCCUCGACCCGAACUUCUCCAAACAUCGGGUCGGGUUGAUGGAAGCGGGCAUGUAUGAAGAGCUGGAACUCGUUUUCGACCGAAUCCACGAGUACGAAAAGCGAGGCGAAGAGGUACCGAUUAUGGAACUAUACUUUUGUUACACGGUCAGUCCCCCCUCUCCCACCUCCCUCGAUAGUGCUAUGAACCCCGCUGAACCGAUCCAGGGCGAUAUCAUCUCCCGCUACCUUUUCGGCCAAAGUCUCGGACUCGUCUCCUCGCCCAAUUUCAUCCAGCGCGCCGAGCAAAUGCGCUCCUUCACCAAAGGCAUCUGGUUCGCCAUCCACUUUCAGUUCGUGAGGAAUGCCCUUCUGGCGCUACCCCGCUGGCUGAUUGCGUAUCUGAGCGAUGCUUGGGUGAAAGUCCUCUUGUUCAUCGAAACCCUCGCCCGCCAAUCCAUCCGCGACUUCAACCUACAGCAAGCCCUCGCCAAAAGCCCCCUCCAAGAAACCAUCUUCGAUCGUCUCCUCACCGACGACGCUCGACGACAGGAAAAAGGCCGGACCGCCCGACCGCUCAGUUUCCGGGAACUGGCGGACGAAUGCACCGGGAUUCUGAAUGCGGGGACCGAACCGACGGCGACGAUGUUGAGUUAUGCGACGUAUUUCUGGUUGAAGUUUCCCGACGUGCAGAGGCCGAUUCUAGAGGAGUUGGCGGGGGUGGAGUUGCAGGAUGGACGAUUGCCGUUGGCGAAGGUGGAGAAUUUACCCUAUUUUACUGGUUUUAUCAAAGAAAGUCUCCGAUACAUGCCUCUUGUUCCGGGACGGUUGCCACGCACGGUUCCCGCGGGAGGGUUAUACGUGCCGUCGGUGCAGAAAACCAUUCCCGAGGGGGCGGUGGUGGGACUCAGCCAUUUGGCCAUUCACUUUGAUCCCGAGAUCUUCGAAGAGCCGGAUGCGUUUCGGCCGGAGCGCUGGAUCGGGGAACCGGGCAAGGAACUGAAUCCGUGGUUGUUGUCUUUCUCCAAGGGCCGGACGGAUUGUAUUGGGAAGACGUGGGUACUCCCUGCUCUUGUGAUGGCAUUGAACUCAUGGGUGUAUAGGCUGGCGUAUGCGGAGAUGCACCUGAUUUUGGCCAACUUGUUCACCCGGUUUGAGCUGGAAUUGACGCCAACCGGACAUGCGGAUAUGGUGUGGGUGGAUCGGGUGAUUGUGCAUUCGACGCGGAAUUUACGCAUCAAGGUCAAGGCUAGGGGAGAACAAGUUGAGGCAUGA